AUGCCCAAGCGACGCCAAAAGAUUCGGAAUUCGGAGAUCACGCCCGCUGUGCCAGGGUACGAGCUGAAAGUGCAAUAUCGGUAUGAGCUGAAUCGUGGAAGAUCGGCCUGUGACAGUCAUCGGGCAGAACGAGACAGUGGUGAUCGGAAGUUGGCGGACCCAGUCCAUCGAUGCAUGGUCAGUCGUGAUCAGAAGCUUCGCGACGUCUCCCCUACCUCGCCAGAGAGAUGGGAGGUGGACAGUUGCGGAACCAAAGAUGGAAACAUGGCGAAUGGCGGCCAAGGAAUCCAGAAUUUCAAUGCCCAUGAUGGGCCCGUGUUCUACCUCAGACUUUGGUCAGGACAAGUGACUGCUGCGACCAAAGAGGAUGCCCUGACCUCAGCCAUUGGGUUCUGGGUCGCCAUGAACUUUUUGGUAAGUCGGGGCCAUUUGCGAGAAGAAUGCGCAACUGCACAAACUCCGGACAACUACUUGAGGUCGGCCCCAGCCAGAGCCGGCAAGGCAUUUUCGCGUUGGGCCCCGCCCAUGUCACUCAGCGUGGCGAAGCUCGAUCGUUACGCCCUCGAGAUCCCCCCUUUGAGCCAUGAGGGCACUCGCAAGGGUGUUCCACUCGCGAAGCUGCAGGGGAAGCCUUUGCCCUCUCAGUCUGCGCUACGUGUGUGCUGGGAUGCUCAACCAGUGCAGGUCCCUGGCCUUUUCGUGGGUUGGCACACUGGUCCCAGUGGUCUCCGCGGAUGCAUGGGCACCUUGAAGCCCGUGGAGCUCCACCGGGGCCUCUCGGACUAUGCGCUCCAAAGCGCCCUCCAUGACCUUCGAUUUUCGCCCAUUUCACUGAAAGAGGUGAAGAUGUUGACGUGCCGAGUGUCCAUCCUCCAUAGCUUCGAAUCGUGCAGCGAUCCUUUGGAUUGGAAGCUGGGCACGCACGGGGUCACCAUCGCCUUCACGGCUGCCCUUUGCAGCUUUUGCCCUUGCGGCACUUGUAGAUAUACUGCCACCUUGCUGCCGGAAGUGAUCUCCGAGGAAGGGAUGUCACAAGAGGCAGUUUUGGAGAAAUUGGUGCAUAAGGCGGGCUACAGGAGACAUUGUAGCCCCAAGAUGAUGAGAUCUUUAGAGGUGACUCGAUUCCAGUCCACGGUAUGCAAUCUGGACUUUCAGACCUUUGCACUCAAGCAGGAAGCCCUCAGCUGA